ACUUAGUGUCGUGUGUCCUGCGCUGCUGCCCUUGGCUGUGUUCAGCUUCCAGCUUGUGAUUCCUGCUGAGUACACUCGGGAGUUGUAUUGUCCUGUAUUCACAUGGAUUCUCUAUAGGACUCUGUAUUAUUAGUGCUAUGGCCUCUAGUGCACUGGGGGUGACUCUGUGCAGAAGAUGUUCUCUUCUGGUUCUCAGAAGGGGGCACAGUGCAGUAAGCAGCAGUGGAUGGCAUACAUAUGGCACCCCCAACCUAAGGAGGGCAUCCACCUCCAGAACAGAGAGCCUUUUCAAUGUAUUUGACAGGGACAUGAAGAGGAGGCAGAAGAACUGGGCAGCAAACCAGGCCAAUGCCCAUCAGUACCAGUACCUACGGGAAGAGGUUGGAGACAGAGUUGCAGAUCGUGUGUUUGAUGUGGCCCGAACGUUUCCUUUUGCUUUAGAUAUCGGUUGCGGUAGAGGUUACGUACCGCGUCAUCUGACAAAGGAAACGGUAGAAAGAUUAGUUCAUGCCGACGUGUGCGAGAAGCCGCUGAAAAGCUAUGCCGUUUCUGAAAUUCCAGCAAUAAAUGUAGUAGCUGAUGAAGAAUUUCUGCCUUUUAAAGAUAAUACAUUUGACCUUGUUGUCAGCAGUUUAAGUUUACAUUGGGUGAAUGAUCUACCAAGGGCAUUUCGAGAGAUUUAUCGGGUCCUUAAGAAUGAUGGCGUAUUUAUUGGGGCAAUGUUUGGUGGAGAAACACUAUAUGAGCUCCGCUGCUCACUGCAGCUGGCAGAGAUUGAAAGAGAAGGAGGAUUUUCCCCACAUGUGUCACCAUUCACCGCUGUAAAUGACCUGGGCAACCUGAUGGGAAGAGCGGGCUUUAACAUGUUAACUGUGGACACAGAUGACAUUCAGAUUCACUAUCCUGGGAUGUUUGAGCUGAUGAAAGAUUUACAAGGUAUGGGCGAGAGUAACUGUGCUUGGAACAGGAGAUGCCUUCUGCACAGAGAUUCAAUGCUUGCAGCUGCAGCCAUAUAUCAAGAGAUGUAUGGAGAGGAGGAUGGGUCCGUACCAGCCACAUUUCAGAUCUACUGUAUGAUCGGAUGGAAACCUCAUGAAUCACAGGCAAAGCCAGCCAACAGAGGCUCCGCCACAAUGUCAUUUGGAGAACUAGGAAAAAUAAAUGAAAUUGUGUCUAAAUCUAAAAAAGAGGACACCUAAAAAUGGCAAUCUUUACCAUUGAUUUGUCUAUGCAGAAUCAUAAUGAUAGGUUUUAUAAUAAAUGUUGUUAUGGUAAAUGUCAGUUGUGUUCUUGUAUGAAUGUAUAAACAAUAUGAGGGUACAGUACACAGCAUAGGUUUCAGUGAAGAUAAUGUUCAUACCAUCUUUCUUUGUAUUAUAUAUAUUUAUCAGUAUAUUGAUCAGUGAUAGUAUUAUAUAUAUUUCCAAUUUUAUUAAAGGGCUUCUCUGCUUUAGACAA